AUGAAUCGCGAUGCUUUCGUUUCCUUGAAUCCGAUGGAGGGCUCGCAAAUCAUUGAGCAGCGCGGCGACGCCCCGCGCAUGCAGUAUCGAAGUCGCCCGGUGUCUGUCGCCGUAGACCCCAUCUCCUUGGUCAUCUCCGAGUGCAUCUCCAUCACAUCGGCCAUCCAGAAGCAUGCACGCUCUCAGCACUCCUCCGUCUCGGCCAUCCUGGGAGGCAAUCCGAACUCCAUAAACCUAGGGCCGCCCAGCCCGAGCCCGCGCGGUCGGGCCAAGAGUCCAGCCCUAUCCAUCGAUGGCAAUCCGGAUGGUUUGGGGACGAGCCGAUGGGGGCUGAGGGGACAAAAGGGGAAGAGUAUGCAGGACAAUCCCUUGAUCGCAGGGUUUGGCAAGCUGAGGCAUGAAAUCGCUGGUAUCAAGGACAUCAAGUCCUUCGACGCACCGUCUCUUCUGUCGCCAUUCCUGAAUGUCAUCCAGGCAAAGGGAACCGCGGCACCGAUCACAAUCCUCGCCCUCGGAGCUCUCAGAAAGUUCCUCGCAUACGGUUUCAUUUGCCCCGAGUCCCCACGAUUCGCCCAUGCGAUGCAGUCGCUCUCUGCGGCCGUCACACACUGCCAGUUCGAUAUAAGCGAUUCAGGACAGGCCGAGGUGGUGCUGCUGAUGAUUCUCAACCUUAUGGAGGAUAUGAUGUCCGGUCCUGGAGGCGACAUCUUGAGCGACGAGAGUGUCUGCGACAUGAUGGGCCGGGGGCUGGCUAUCUGUUCCCAACCACGGUUUUCCCCAGUGUUGCGGCGCACCGCUGAAGCCGCCAUGGUCCGAAUGUGCCAGAUCAUUUUCGAGGAUAUCAAACAUUUGGAGGUCGAGGCUGGAUCCGAACCCGAAACCUUGGAUCAGCAGACUCAGGACGAUUUGGACAGCGUACGGAUGGAUGCGAAACCCGAAAAGGCUGUGGCACCUCUCGAUUCCGAGUCACAGGGCACUAAGAGCUCCGAAUCUGAACGAGAAGAGAAGAAGUCAAGCGAGGAAGGCGAGACUGAAGCCGAAGAAGGAGACGAGUCGAAGAUCGACAACCAGUUGGAAAUAGAAGAAACAGAGUCCCUGGAUCUCAAGCCAUACUCCCUACCUUCGGUCCGAGAGCUAUUCAGAGUCCUCGUUAAUUUCCUGGAUCCUCACAAUCCUCAACAUACCGACACUAUGCGCGUCAUGGCCAUGCGCAUCAUUCAUGUCGCCCUAGAAGUUUCGGGACCCUUCAUCGCUCGCCACCCGGCACUGGCGACUAUCGCGGAGGAUCGAUUGUGCUGCUAUUUGUUCCAACUUGUGAGGUCUGACAACAUGGCUAUCCUGCAGGAAUCGCUGAUUGUUGCUGGAACCCUGUUGGCAACCUGCAGGGGAGUCCUCAAGCUACAACAGGAGCUCUUCCUAGCAUACGUCGUGGCCUGCCUACACCCAUCUGUUGAGAUCCCACGCGAACCUGGAAUCGACCCCUCUCUGUAUGCUGGCAUUCCCCAAGCACCCAGACCUGCUGCGGGAAGCGGGCGAGCGACACCCGUGCCAGUCCAAGAUCGUCGACAACUCGGCUUGGAAGGCGGUCUUCGCAAACCAGACGCUCGCCAGGCCAUGGUCGAGAGUAUUGGAGUUCUCUGCAGGAUGCCAAAUUUCAUCACCGAGUUGUUUGUGAACUACGACUGUGACGUGGACAGGUCUGAUUUGUGCGAGGACAUGAUUGGACUGCUCGCACGGAAUGCUCUGCCUGAUUCUGCUACUUGGAGCACCACCAGUGUGCCCCCUCUGUGCCUUGAUGCCCUUCUGCGAUAUAUUCAAUUUCUUGCUGAGAGGCUUGAUGAUGAAGAGAAAACGAGCGAGGGAUACCCUGAUCCUGCUUUUCUGCGCGAGCAGCGACGGAAGAAGGGUGUCAUCAUCAAGGGUGUACAAAAGUUUAACGAGAAACCACGAGGAGGACUGGCAUAUCUGGAAGCACAGGGUAUUAUCAAGGACCCCAAUGACGCUAAAGAAGUUGCAAAAUUCCUUCACGGAACUUCUCGUGUCUCCAAAGCGGUCUUGGGUGACUUCUUGUCUAAGAAGGGCAACGGAGCGUACCUGGAAGCCUUCUUGGACCAGUUUAACUUCUCUGGCAAGCGUGUUGAUGAUGCCUUGCGACUUCUCCUUGAGAGCUUCCGUCUCCCUGGAGAGGCUCCUCUCAUUGCAGUCAUCGUUGAGGCAUUCUCGGACAAGUACAUGGCUGGCGACGACCCUGAUGAAGUGGCCCACAAGGAUGCGGUCUUUAUCCUGACGUAUGCCAUCAUCAUCCUCAACACAGAUCAACACAGUCCCAGGCUCAAGGACAACAAGAGAAUGACUUAUGAGGACUUCUCACGAAAUCUGCGGGGACAAAACGACGGCAAGGACUUCGCGCCUAGCUUCUUGCAAGAUAUCUACAACUCGAUCAAGUCGAACGAGAUCAUUCUGCCUGACGAGCAUGACAACAAGCACGCAUUUGACUAUGCCUGGCGUGAGCUGUUGCUCAAGGCCGAGUUAACUGAGGACCUGGUUCUCUGUGACACUAAUAUUUACGACGCAGACAUGUUUAAUGCGACCUGGAAGCCGAUUGUUUCCACUCUCUCCUACGUGUUUAUGUCCGCUACUGACGAUGCCGUCUUUGCACGGAUUGUUAGCGGCUUUGACGAGUGCGCCCGGAUCGCUAUCAAGUAUAAUAACACCGAGGCUCUCGACCAAAUCGUUUUCUGCCUCAGUCAUAUGACCACUCUUUCGAACGAUUUCCGUUACAACACUUCUCUGAACACUGAGGUCCAGGCUGGAGACGGCAGCGUCAUGGUUAGCGAGCUGGCGGUGAAGCUCGGCCGGGACUUCAGAGCGCAACUUGCCACCCUUGUCCUGUUCAGGGUCCUUACUGGUAGCGAGAACCUAAUCCGUAGUAGCUGGAAACAUAUCAUUCGCAUAUGGCUCAAUCUCUUUUCCAACUCUCUGACGCCGCAGUUUUCGUCGCCAGACCUCCCAGACCUGCCCAUUCCACCCAUUCCUUUGCAAACUCCCUCCCAAGUGAUUGAUAGGGCGAACAGGGCACAAGAAACGGGGUUCUUUUCAGCUUUCACGUCUUAUAUUUCGAGUUAUGCUGCAGAUGACCCUCCUGAACCUUCGGAUGAGGAGCUUGAGAGCACACUUUGCACAGUUGACUGCAUUAAGUCCUGUCAUAUUGAGAAGGUGUUCCAGAAUGUCUCAAAUCUUCCGUUGGAAUCCGCUAAAUUGCUGGUUGAAGCACUCCUUGAACAGCUACCUGAGGAUAACAACAACACUGUGAUUAGUGUGAAGCAUGAGAACAUUCCCCAGCCUGCUCCCCUAAAUGGUCACGAAGCGGGCCAGCAGCCCUUGGAGUACGAUCCCUCCGUCAACUUCCUCUUGGAGGUCUCUACAAGGCUCGCGCUGAAGAGCGAAGCUGCUGUCGAGGCCUUUGGCAAGCAAGUCUUUGAUGUUCUGCAGGGUAUUCUUCGUGACUCGAGCCAGUGGCAUACUAUCACUGUGUCUCGAGCUACGUUCUACUCUCUGAGCAUCCUCAAGUCCAGCUAUGAUUAUGAUUUCGCGAAUGUACCCUAUCUGCUGCAUAACAUUUCUGGUCUCCCGCAUACUACGCUUGCUAAGGGAGCAGCUCUCACCCUUGCUGGUCUUUCGGCAUGCAUCGAGCAGCCUGGACCGCUGAGGAGCGAGAUCAUGACAUCUCCAGACUUUUGGGCCAUCCUCCGCAUCCUUGCCCGGAACCGCGAGUCUUCUCCUCUUGUUUUCAACGUUUUGGAGAAGGGCUCGACUGGAAAUCCUCCUGCGAUCAUGGCUGAUAAUUAUGAAGCGGCUAUCUCCCUGUUGAAUGAUUAUGCCACGGCGGCGAACCCUCUUGUCCAUGCUGAGCCAAGGCCAAAGCAACGCCAGCAAGAGCGACAGGUUCAACCCAAGGACGAUGAGACUAUUGCUCGAGGUUGCAAGGCUGUGGUUAUUCUGCAGGCAGUCAGUGCUCGUAUCCCGCAAUUGAUGCAACAGUCACAGCUUGAAAGCAGCGAAGCAUGGUCGGCAUACUGGCUGCCAUUCUUCCAGUCUCUAACGGCCCAGUGCAUCAACCCCUGCCGUGAGGUCCGUCACCUUGCUUUCUCAGGCUUGCAGCGCUCUUUGUUAUCCCCAGACCUCACAUCCAGCGACCCGAACCAAUGGACGGCCAUCUUUGGACAGGUCUUGUUUCCUUUGAUUCAUCGGCUACUGAAGCCUGAGGUUUUCUCGACCGACCGCGAUGGCAUGAGCGAGAUGCGAGUGCAGGUUUCCUCGCUUCUCUGCAAGGUAUUCUUGCAGUAUCUGGUCCUGUUAUCUGAGUGGGAGGGCAUGCUUGAUCUCUGGGUUGAGAUCAUAGACAUUAUGGAUCGCCUGAUGAACAGUGGGCAGGGCGAUAGUCUGGAGGAGGCAGGACGUGAAAACCUGAAGAACGUGGUCUUGUUCAUGUCAAGUAGCGGAUAUCUGGUUUCGCCCAGAGAGGAUCCAUCCAAGAAGGAGUUGUGGGUGGAGACUUGGAAGCGAAUCGACCGCUUCAUCCCCGAUCUCCGCACCGACCUGGCCCUCGAGCCGGAGGGGCCAGAGGAACCAGAGGAACCAGAAGUGCAGACGGAGAAGCCCAAGGCAGAAGUCAAGGUGGAGUCCAAGCCACUGGACGAGCAGGAAGACGAUGAUGCGGAGCGAGCUGCAGAGGGCAGCGCAGAGGCGGGGAAGGCCGAAGAAGUCAAGGCUGACGCAUAG